AUGAUGGCGACAACAUUCUUGACAACUACAAACACAAUCAACAAAAUCCCAUUAAACUGCAACGACAACACAACACAAACAUGUCCUUUAAACUAUCCAACCAAGUUCGAACCAGAGAUCUAUUCCCCGGAGACAUGUCCUGACUAUUUCAGAUGGAUCCAACAAGACCUAAAGGUAUGGCAAGAGACAGGGAUCACAAGGGAAACACUCGAGAGAGCAAAACCUAACGCUCAUUUCAGGCUGGUGAUCAAAUCAGGGAGAUUGUAUGUUGAUCAAUACGAGAAAGCAUUUCAGACAAGAGAUGUGUUCACAAUUUGGGGAAUACUUCAGCUUCUAAGGAUGUAUCCUGGUCAAAUCCCUGAUCUUGAGCUCCUCUUCCUCUGCCAUGAUCCACCUGCUAUUUGGAAAAGAGACUUUAAGCAAGAUGGACCAAACGCCACGUGGCCUCCUCCGCCUCUGUUUCACUAUUGUGGUCACCGUGAUGCCUACGACAUCGUUUUCCCUGAUUGGAGCUUCUGGGGUUGGCCGGAGGUGAAUAUAAAGGAGUGGACAAAGUUGUCUGUGGCGAUUAGAGAAGCCAACGAAAGGUUUAAAUGGAAAGAUAGACUUCCAUACGCUCACUGGAAAGGGAACUCCUACGUUUCUCUUGAAAGAAGAAACCUUAUGAAAUGUAACUUCUCCGACAAGUAUGAUCCCAUGGUUCGUCUCUAUGACCAGAAUUGGGACAAGGAGAGUGUGAUAGGGUUCAAAAGUUCAAAUCUAGAAGACCAAUGCACCCAUAGGUACAAGAUUUACAUAGAGGGUCGUGCAUGGUCGGUGAGCAAAAAAUACAUAUUAGCGCGUGACAGUAUGACUCUACUAAUCAAACCAGAGUACUACGACUUCUUCGCAAGAAGUAUGGUUCCACUUGAACAUUACUGGCCUAUUAAAUCUACCGAGAAUUGUGGUGACCUCAAAUUCGCAGUCGAAUGGGGUAACAACAACACUGAGAAGGCGCAAGCUAUAGGGAGACAAGGAAGUGAGUACAUGAUGAAGAGCCUAGAGAUGAAGUAUGUGUAUGAUUACAUGUUUUAUGUCUUGCAAGGCUAUGGGAAACUGAUGAAGUUGGAUGUGACUGUGCCUGAAAAUGCGACCGAAGUGUGUUCGGAGACGAUGGCUUGUCCGAUCACUGAUGGUGGACUGAUCAGGCAGUGCAUGGACGACUCUUUAGUUAUGUCUCCGAGUGUCAAGGCAGCUUGUGACUUGCCACUUCCUUACGAAGAUGAUGAGCUCAAAAAGUUUCUUGAAAAACAAGAAAGUGCGGAGAGAGAGGUUGUGAAGUGGGCCAAUGAGUAUUGGAAGGCCCAAGAAUAG